AUGUCAACCUGCACAAGGAACUCCAGUGAUACAAGUGGAAUCCCAGGCGAACCACGAACAGUCAAGAGUCAAGUACUCGAAACAGGAGCUUCAAUGGUCCAAGACUUUACGCCAGUGAAACAGAUCUGCGCACACCUCAACGCCUUCCACGUCUAUGCCAACGACCCAACUCGAUGCGUUGAAGCAAACCAUUACUGCACACAUUUAACAGAAGAUGUCCGCCAAUGCCUUAUUUACGACUCGUCCAAAACAAAUGCCCGCCUAAUCGGCAUAGAAUACAUGGUCUCACCCCGAGUCUUCAAAACCCUUCCAGCAGAUGAGCGCAAGCUGUGGCACACGCAUGAAUUUGAAGUGAAGAGCGGCAUGCUGAUAAUGCCUGCGCCAGCUGGCGUUCCCACGUCUGUAUGGGAGGCAGCCGAGACGGCUGAGAUGCAAGAUAUUGCACCUAUCUAUGGAAAGACGUAUCAUUUUUGGCAGGUUGAUCGUGGGGAUAUUGUACCCAUGGGACCGCCGCAGUUGAUGGGGAGUUUCACGUCGGAGGAAAGUGUGAAAGCUGCGAAACCUGGGGGGUUGGAUGAGCUGCUCGGGGACCGGGAUGGGUUGUAUGGAGUUGAUUACCGACAGAAGGCUAAGAAAAGAGAGGGGAUUGAGGCUGUCGAGAAGCAUGCUGGUAUGUAA